AUGACAAUAGCACCAUGCAGGAGUUUGAGUGGCACUGAGAUAUUCACCUUGGCUCAGUUCACACUAGUAGGAUGUUUAGUCUGUGUUGGCAAUCUCCUCACUGUAGUAGCUGUGUAUCGGACAGAGGCACUCCGCACCACGCCCAACAUGUACAUCGUGUCUUUAGCGUGUAGUGACUUUCUUACAGGACUUACAUUCCCCUUCUACGUGUCCUCUAUUGUCCCUAGAGUGGAGGACAUGUUAGACAUGUCCUUGUUCAACUGUGCAUUUCGAUAUGGGGCGCUGUAUCUAAUUCUGUCUGAGUCUUUCCUCUGCAUCUGUGCUAUAUCCGUGGACAGGUACGUCUACAUCAAGUACCCUCUCCAUUACCACAUGUACCUCAGUCCGAAGAAAACUGGCCUCAUCAUCCUGUGUACAUGGUGUGUGUCCAUAGUAGUGGGGACUUCUACUCUGCUGACGUCGACCUGGCCUGGGUAUUGUAGCUUCUUUCACGUGGUGUCCAAACCAUUUCAACUGUACUUCAUCAUGCCCUUCACAGCCACCGUCUUUGUGUUGAACGCAAUCAUGUACGGCCUCAUUACAAGGGAAGCUAUCCAACACCGCCAACGCAUUCAAGCACGGGGGUCACCGAUGAGAUCUACAAUACGCUACAAAUCAACAUUCCGUUCCGUCAGACUUUUUAUCAUGGUGUACGGGACGUUCGUCGUGUGUUGGUUACCGUCGGCAGUGGUAAACAUUCUUGGCAAUACCAACGGGGUGGGCAGCACUACUACGAGCAUUUCACUAUCUCUUGGAUUACUGAACUCUGGCAUGAACUUCAUAAUAUAUUCCUUCAUGAACAAGGAUUUCAAGAAGUGUUUCUUAAAAUCUUCCUGGCAAUGUAAAUGUUCUGUUGUCGGGAGUGUAAAUAAUGUAAAUGUGUCUUCACCAUGA